AUGUUCAGGUGGCUGACACAGUUACGGGUUCACUUGGCAUCGGGCACGAACGGCUGUCACAAUGGAGGAGCGUUUAUCGUAAGCGGAACUUUGGCCAUCAUAUCUAUGAACGACGAGGACGGUGUGAGAGAGAACAGACCUCCCUGCGAGGCGCUGGUCGCAUGUCAAGCGCGGUUCAUGCGGCCCCAGCGGGAGGCGAACGUCGAUGGAAAACGGAAGCGCUGUAACAAGACUAAGAGACCAGACAAUCGAUCGUAA